AUGCACAAAUAUGCGGUAGCCACUGAUAUCGAGAAGGCGUUUUUACAAAUUGGUCUUCAUGUAUCUGACAGAGACGCCACGCGCUUCCUGUGGUUGAGUGACCCGAGUGACCCGUGCAGUCCACUGACCACAUAUAGAUUCAGGACUAUACUAUUUGGUGCAACAUGCUCGCCUUUCAUUUUAGGUGCCACAAUUCGCAAGCAUCUUGAACUAAACAGUAGUGAAUGGGUGACCGAUUAUUUGAAAAGAGAUUUGUACGUUGACAACGUGUUAUCAAGUUUCUCUAAUGAACAAGAUCUACUUCAGUUUUAUUCAACUUCGAGAAAACUGAUGUCAGCGGCAGGUUUCAAUCUACGUGCUUGGAACUCAAAUAGUGAACAACUUCGUGCUAAGGCGUCUGAAGAGAAAUUGCUAGACACGGACACUUGCACACAAAUUCUUGGAAUGCAAUGGAUUUGUAAAGAAGAUACAUUGACGUUUGCGGAAAGACAGAUAGAAACAAAAGGUGUGAUUACCAAACGUGCAAUUUUACAACAAAUCUCACGAGUAUUUGAUCCGCUAGGAUUACUGAGUCCUAUUACAGUAAGGGCGAAGAUUAUUCUUCAAGAAUUGUGGCAACAGAAAUUCGAUUGGGACAACACAUUACCAAUGGAUGUACAAGAAAAAUGGCGUAAUGUUGCGUCGGACCUGAAUUCUUCAGUCAAAAUCAAUUUCCGACGUAGCUACUUCCAUGGCAACCAUGACGUCAUUGCUGAAACAAAACUUCACGUAUCCUCCAAUUACCGUAAGUCGACCGGUUAA